GUAGCUCAGCGGACUGGGUGUAGUCUGGAGUGUGAUAGAGUGAGUUGGUGUGUGUUGGAGUGUGUUGGAGUGUGUUAGAGUGAGUUAGAGUGAGUUAGAGUGUGUUGGUGUUGCUGCUGGAGUCUGCUGAGCUUCAUGGCGGCGAACACAAAGAGCUGAAGCUCCUCUCUCCGUCUCUCUCUCUCUCUCUCUGCCGGACACGGAGCUCUGUUCGCGGCCUGAACCAGCUCGCCUCUCCGCUGCGUUACUGAUCUCUGCGCUCAGCGGGAAUCUGUCGGUAACCGGAAAGUUACCGAACACUUCUGGACAAGUUCAGGGACAGUUGGAUUUGAUCAUGCUGGGUUCUCUCCGGCUCGGGGUCCCGGUCCGGGACCUGGUCCUGGUUCUGGUUCUGUGUUGCUGGGUGUCUCCGCUGGGUGUCCGCGCCGCCAUGGACGAGUGUUCGGACGAGCAGCGCGGAGCUCAGCGCUGCAUGCCGGAGUUCGUGAACGCCGCUUUCAACGUCACCGUGGUGGCGACCAACACCUGCGGCUCUCCGCCGGAGGAGUACUGCGUCCAGACCGGAGCCACCGGGGUCACCAAGUCCUGCCACAUCUGCGACGCCCGGGACGCCCGCAACAACCACAGCGCCGUGUACCUGACCGACUACAACAUCCAACAGGACACCACCUGGUGGCAGAGCCAGACCAUGCUGGCGGGCAUCCAGUACCCGAACACCAUCAACCUCACCCUGCACCUCGGUAAGUCCUUCGACAUCACCUACGUGCGGCUCAAGUUCCACACCAGCCGCCCGGAGAGCUUUGCCAUCUACAAGCGGAGCGGCAAGGGCGGCCCCUGGGUGCCGUACCAGUACUACAGCGGCUCCUGCGAGAAGACGUACCAGAAGGCGAGCCGCGGCUUCAUCCGCACCGGAGAGGACGAGCAGCAGGCGCUCUGCACCGACGACUUCAGCGACAUCUCGCCGCUCACCGGGGGGAACGUGGCGUUCUCCACGCUGGAGGGACGACCCAGCGCACACAACUUCGACAACAGCCCCGUCCUCCAGGACUGGGUGACGGCCACCGAUAUCAGAGUGACCCUGAACAGGCUCAACACGUUCGGAGACGAGGUGUUCAACGACCCCAAGGUCCUCAAGUCCUACUACUACGCCAUCUCGGACUUCGCUGUGGGAGGAAGGUGUAAGUGUAACGGCCACGCCAGCGAGUGUACGAAGAACAGCGGAGGGCGGAUGGUGUGUAACUGCAAACACAACACGGACGGCGACGACUGCAACGUCUGCAAACCGUUCUACAACGACCGUCCGUGGAGGAGAGCGACCGCCGACAACGCCAACGACUGUCUGCCCUGCGACUGUAACGGGAAGAGCGCCGAGUGUUACUUCGACUCAGAGUUGUACCGGGCCACGGGUCACGGAGGUCACUGCAGGAACUGCGCCGACAACACCGACGGGCCCAACUGUGAGCGUUGCCUCGACAACUACCACCGCGACCAGAGCGGCAACCGCUGCCUGCCCUGCAGCUGCAACACCGUUGGCUCAGAGUCGCCUCAGUGUGACAACAGAGGAGUGUGUGCGUGUAAACCUGGAGUGACCGGAGAGAAGUGCGACCGCUGCCAGCCGGGAUACCACAGUCUGACGGAGGCCGGCUGCAGGUCUUGCUCUUGCUCGCCCUCUGGCAGCACUCAGGAGUGUGACGUCAACACAGGACAGUGUCGCUGCAAAGACCACGUGGAGGGCUUCAGCUGCGACAGGUGUAAACUGGGUUUCUUCAACCUGGACCCCAACAACCCUCAGGGCUGCACCCCUUGCUUCUGCUUCCAGCACUCGUCUGUGUGCGACAGCGCCGAAGGCUUCAGCGUCCACACCGUCACCUCGUCCUUCUCCAGAGAUGACGAGCAGUGGACCGGUCAGCAGCGUGAUGGUUCCAGUGUCUCCGUCCAGUGGUCUCCCAGCGGACAGGAAGUCUCCCUCAUCUCAGACGACUACUUCCCCAUGUACUUCGUAGCCCCAGAGAAGUUUUUGGGGAACCAGAUGUUGAGUUACGGACAGAACCUGAGUCUGAGUUUCCGGGUGGACCGGCGGGACAGUCGUCUGUCGGCGGAGGAUCUGGUCCUGGAGGGAGCCGACCUGAGGGUGGCCGUCCCCCUCAUCGCCCAGGGCAACGCCUACCCCAACGAGAACAUGCAGACCUACGUGUUCAGGCUCCAUGACAGCACGGAUUACCCCUGGAGGCCGACCAUCAGCCACCCCGGCUUCCAGAAACUCCUCCACAACCUGACCGCCAUCAAGAUCCGCGGCACCUACAGCGAGAGGAGUGCCGGUUACCUUGACGACGUCUCCUUGGUGACGGCGAGGCGGGGUCCGGGGGUGCCGGCCCGCUGGGUGGAGCGCUGCACCUGUCCUCAGGGUUACCAGGGGCAACACUGUGAGCAGUGCACUCUGGGAUAUCGCCGCGCCAAUCCGGAGCUCGGAGCCCUCAGCUCCUGCGAGCCCUGCAACUGUAACGGACACAGCGACGCCUGCAACCCCGACACUGGAGCGUGCGACUGUCGGGACGACACGGCCGGCCUGAGCUGUGAGCGCUGUAAGGACGGUUUCUACGGCGACGCCACCCGCGGGUCGUCAGCUGACUGUCAAGCCUGUCCCUGUCCGGCCGGAGCCACCUGCGCCGUCGUCCCCAAAACCAGAGAGGUGGUGUGCACCAACUGUCCCGCAGGAACCACAGGUAAGCGCUGCGAGCUCUGUGACGACGGCUUCUUCGGCGACCCGUUGGGUCAGAGCGGGCCAGUCCGAGCCUGCCGCGCCUGCAAGUGCAGCGACAACAUCGACCCCAACGCCGUCGGCAACUGCAACCGCGAGACCGGAGAGUGCCUCAAGUGCAUCUACAACACCGACGGCUUCUUCUGCGACCGCUGCAAGGAGGGUUUCUAUGGCAACGCCCUGGCCACCAACGCCGCCGACAAGUGCAAACCCUGCUCCUGCUCUCCGUUCGGUACCGUGGGUCGACAGACGGGCUGUUCUCAGGUCACCGGUCAGUGCCAGUGUCUCCCCAACGUGGCUGAACGUGACUGCGCCGCCUGCCAGCCCGGCUUCUUCAACCUGCAGAGCGCCAACGGCUGCGAAAGAUGCAACUGUAACCCGAUUGGCUCUACCAACGGUCAGUGUGACAUCACUGCGGGGCAGUGCGAGUGUCAGCCCGGCGUCACCGGCCUGCACUGCGAACGCUGCGAGGUCAACUUCUUCGGAUUCAGCUCGUCCGGAUGCAAACCCUGCGACUGCGACCCCGAGGGCUCCCAGUCGGGUCAGUGUAAGGAGGACGGGCGCUGCGAGUGUCGGCCCGGCUUCGUCGGAGCUCGAUGCGACAUGUGUGAGGAGAAUUACUUCUACAACCGCUCGGCUCCGGGCUGCCAGCAGUGUCCCUCCUGCUACAGUCUGGUCAGAGACAAGGUCAACCAGCAGAGACAGAAGCUUCACGACCUGCAGACUCUGAUCGAUAACCUGGGCUCGGGCCAGGACACCGUCAGCGACAAGGCCUUCGAGGACCGGCUGAAGGAGGCCGAGAGAGCCAUCAUGGAGCUGCUGGAGGAGGCUCAGACCAGCAAAGACGUAGACCGAGGUCUGCUGGAUCGCCUGAACAACAUCAACAACACUCUGACCACCCAGUGGAACCGACUGCAGAACAUCCGCAACACGGUGGACGACACCGGCACGCAGGCCGACCGCGCCCGCCACCGAGUCCGAGACGCCGAAAACCUGAUCGACCGGGCCCGGCAGGAGCUGGACAAGGCCAAGGACGCCAUCGGCAAAGUGGACAUCAAACCCCCGAGCGGCACCGGAGAUCCAAACAACAUGACGCUGCUGGCUGAGGAGGCUCGGACACUGGCCGAUAAACACAAGAUGGACGCAGACCAGAUUGAGAAGAUCGCCAAAGACGCCAACGACACGUCGACCAAAGCUCACAACCUGCUGCUGAAGACUCUGGAUGGAGAGAGCAGGACGAGUCAGGAGAUAGACGAGCUCAACAAGAAGUACAACGAGGCGAAGGAGCUGGCCAAGAAUCUGGAGAAACAGGCCAACAAGGUUCAGGCCGAGGCCGAAGACGCCGGAAACAAAGCUCUGAAGAUCUUCGCCAACCUGACGAGCAUCCCGCCGUUCGACACCAAAGCUCUGGAGGACGAAGCCAGCAAGAUCAAGAAGGAGGCGUCGGACCUCGACAAGCUCAUCGACAAGACGGAGAAGGAGUACAACGACCUGAGAGACGACCUGAAGGGAAAAGAGCAGGAAGUGCGUAAACUGCUGGAGAAAGGCAGAAGUGAGCAGCAGACUGCAGAUCAGCUGUUGGCUCGAGCCGACGCUGCUAAAGCUCUGGCUGAGGAGGCGGCGAAGAAGGGUCAGUCCACCUUCAGAGAGGCCGAGAGCAUCCUGGACGACCUCAGAGACUUCGAUAAGAGAGUCAACGACAACAAGACCGCCGCCGAGGACGCUUUGAAGAAGAUCCCCGCCAUCAACGCCACCAUCAUGGCCGCCAACCAGAAGACCAAGCAGGCGGAGGCGGCGCUCGGCAACGCGGCCGCCGACGCCCGAGAGGCCAAGAACAAGGCGGAGGAGGCCGAGAGGAUCGCCGGCAACGUGCAGAAGGGCUCAGCCAAGACCAAGGAGGACGCGGAGAAGGCCUUCCAGGACACCAACAAGCUGGACGACGAGGUCACCGACAUGAUGGACCAGCUGGACGCCGCGGAGCAGGAGCUGGCCAAGAAGAAGGCCGAGGCCGACCAAGACAUGAUGAUGGCGGGAAUGGCGUCCGACAACGCCAAGGAGGCGGAGGACAACGCCCGCAAGGCCAAGAGCGCCGUGAAGACGGUUCUGGGCACCAUCACCGCCCUGCUGGAUCAGCUGGGAAACAUCGACAAGGUGGACCUGAGCAAACUGAACCAGAUCGACGAGUCCCUGAAGAGGGCCAAGGGCAAGAUGGGCGACAGCGAGCUGGACAGGAAGCUGACGGAGCUGAACGACGUGGCGCGGACCCAGGAGGUCAUGAUCGACGACUACGACCGGCAGAUCCGCGAGAUCCGCGCCGACAUCGCCAACCUGAACGACAUCAAGAACACGUUACCCGACGGCUGCUUCAACACGCCGUCUCUGGAGAGGCCUUAACCCCGCCCCCCCCCUCCACCUCCAUCACUCCCUCUCACAUCUAACACUCCGGCAGACACGCCGCCUUUUACCAAAACAGUUUUUAAAACUCUUUUUCUCCUCCGAUUCUUUGAAGCCAAUAUUUCAGGCCACGUUCACGGUUUUUAACGAAAGAGAAGCAGCUGUUGUUUUGUUUUGUCUUUAUUUUUAUGGAGACGCAGUAACGUGGUUACGGUAGAAUGAACUAAGCGGCGUAGCGAAGCCGUGCAGAGAGGCGGAAGAGCCUCGGAGAAAACCCAGAACCACAAACCCGACGUGACUGCACCCGUCUGUUUCACAAACAGGAAGUUCCUCGCGCUUCGAGGACUGUGUCCGCUCGUAUUACCCAUCAUGCCUUGGGGACACGCCAGCUACUUUUGACGAUUUCCAGCCAGCUGAAUGUACGGCUACACGCUGUUAGAGCGCCGCCAUCCAGGGGCGUUGUGUUAUUUCUUCAUGUUUAAAUCAACCAUGUUGUCAGAAACCACACAGUGAAGGAAUCCUCUCUUCUCUUCUCCCGAAGCUUCGCGCCCGACACUCAAACGGCAGAGGAAAAGUAUUUCAGCUCUCUUCAACAGUAUUCUCCCCUCCAGCGGCCGGUUGUUGAGUAAAGCCACGCCCACUCUGCUGGAGAACAUCAGGCCUCUGAAGUCCAGAAAACAGAACAACAUAACUUAGCUUCUGGUUCCUUCACCAGAUACAGAUCUCAGGUAGCUACAUCUCCCAAGAUAUGAUCUCGUAGGAAGAAGAUGGUAACUUGUACGUGGAGGAUAUUAACUUGUAUUCUUCAGAUAUGGAUGUUGUGGGAACCAGAUACGUGAAUAUCUCGUUCCCACACGUCUUGUUUAACAUCUUGUCUGAGCGAGAUCGUUAUAAUCUCGUUCCUCCAUGAUAGACAUCGGGGGUUAGAAGUUAUUAUCUUCUGUGUGCAAGAUACGAGAUAGGAAUCUUUUGGGAACAAAAUACUAACUUGUGCACACAAGAUAAAUUAGUAUCUUGUUCCCACAAGGCAUGGAUCUCGGGUUAGGGUUUGAAGACAUCAUCUUGUAUGCACAAGAUCAGAACUCGGAUCUCGUGGGAACAAGAUCGUGACUCGUACGUGGAGGAUAUUAACUCGUAUGUACAAGAUAUGGAUGUUGUGGGAACAAGUCAAAAUUAUAGAAUCUUGUUACCACAAGAUCCAUAUCUUUUGGGAACAAAAUACACUUUGGCACAAAAGAUAAUAUCUUUCACGCACAAGUUAUAAUCGUGUUCCCACAAGAUAUGGAUCUCUGGUUACGGCUGGAAGAUAUCAUCUUCAAUGUACAAGAUAUUAACUUGUGCAUACGAGAUGUGGAUCUUUUGGGAACUAAAAACUAACUUGCGCACGCAAGAUAUUAUCUUUUGUGCCAACUUGUAUUUUGUUCCCAAAAGAUAUGGAUCUCUGCUUAGGGAAGUUAUUACAAAAUCAUAACUAAUACAUGGAGGAUGUUGUAGGAACAAGAUAAAGAUCCUGAGUUAGGGUUUGAAGAGAUCAUCUUGUAUGUACAAGAUAUUCACUUGUGCAUACGAGAUAUGGAUCUUUUGGGAACUAAAAACUUGUGCACUCACGUUCUUAUCUUUUGUGCCAACUUGUGUUUUGUUCCCAGAAGAGAUGGAUCUCUGCUAAGGGAAGUCAUUCUCUCGUAUCACCUUGCUCCGUGUCUCGUGCACACGAGCUAUAAAUGAUAUCUUUCAUGACGUCAGAGGCUCUGAAGGCGCGUCUUUAAAUCAUCUCUGAUAUUUCUCACCACGGUCAAACACCAUUUCAUGUACGGAUGUUUUAACACUACAAACUGUUUAGUUCCUAUUUGUCCCAGAAGUUGCUGCUUAUCACUGGUGUUCUUUACCCAUUACACACAUUAACAUUUUCUUCCAGGCUAAAUCCAACACUAUGCAACUUUGUACAUUUUGCGUAGCGAGAAUUUUAUCUGAUACACUGGUGCUAAUAAUUAUUUCAAAUGUUAUAUUUUUGUGUGAAUGUUUUUUAUUAUUAUGACAUAGAGUGAGGAAUUUGUUAUUUGUGUAAAUAUAUGCUUAAAUGAUUCAGGACUGGCUGAUUUUAAGAAAUAAAACACCAACAUGCAAACAGCCACAUUAAGUUCCAUCACAAUCAAUCAACUGAAACCUCCAGGUUAAAUAUAUCUAUAUAUAUAUAUAUGAAUAUAUAUAUAAAUAUCUAUGAGAACGUCUGUGGUAUGUUAUUAUUAUAAUAUGCUUGCUUGUAUACAAGGCUCAGUGUUGCUGCCUCAUAGCGAUGCCAAUAUUUCAUUAGUGUUUUAUUGAUUCUGGUGAGUUAAUUCAACCUAACUGAAUAUGUUUGUUUAGCUAUUUUGUUUGUUGAGCUUUGACCCAUCAGGACAUCACGAGUUUAUCGUACUGAACACCGAAAGAGAUAAUAGGCUCGGUCACAUGUUGCUACGGUAGAUUGAAUGAGCGUUUUGUGCCUUAAUAUAAAGUUGGGUUGUAAUCACAGUCCCGUCGAGGGGCGUCCACGUUUGAUUUCACAGAAAUGUCCUCGUCGUCUUCGCUCCCUCACACCGUCUCCUCGUGUCGGUACUGAAGCAGGGUUUGUUUCUUUUUAAAUCAGGUCCUUGACAGAAAAAGAAGCUGCUAAUAAAUGAUCCUAAUCCAGCAGGCUACAGACAAACACUACCAGAGUUUAUCUGAUUCUCCAGAUCCACAGACAAACUGUGGAUCUGGAGAACUGGACUCUUUACUGACUCGUCUUUGUCAUCCGUGGUUUUAUUUCUCUCCCUCCAUCCAGGCGGCCGCUCUUCAGGACGUUCAGCGCGCACACAGGCGUGAUGUAUAAACAGUAUUUUAAGUUAUAAUGUACCAGUUCUUUGUAUUGUAACCCUGUUGUCUUAGACGGUGAUGUGUGCGCGCCGCGCCGCGCCGCGCCGCGCCGCCUGCAGGACGCCGCUGCGUUGUGUUGAGUCUGUCACGGUGACGUCACGUCUCCGGCCCUGUGAGGACCUGAGUGAACCCUGUUUGUUUCCAUGUGCCUGUAAAUCCAAACUUAACAUUUGAAUAAUAAAGAAUUACUACAGGAA